UAUUUAUUAUACGGUAUGGAAGAGAGGGAGGAAAAGAGGAAGACGAAGGCGAAGAAGGAAGGAAGGAAGGAAGACGGAAUGGCGGAUUGCGCGCUGUGCGGGAAGAGAGCGAGGAUGUACUGUGAGUCGGACCAGGCUAAGCUAUGCUGGCGCUGCGACGACAAGGUUCACGGCGCCAACUUUCUGGUGGCGAAGCACACCAGAGUUCUUCUCUGCCGUACCUGUCAGUCUUUCACUCCCUGGAAAGCCUGUGGUCCUAAGCUCACUCCGACUCACUCCAUCUGUAACCACUGUGCCUCCGAUUCCCACAAGCAUCACCAGGAAGAAGAUGAUCGUGAUGAUCAUCAUCAUGAUCUCCGUGACAGUCCUGAUCGUGAGGAGGAGGAGGAGCAGUAUGAUGCUGGAGAUUCCAGUUCCGAUGCUGACUCUGGUUAUGAAGAUGAUGACGAUGAAGACGAGGGAGAGGACGAGGAGGAGGAGGAGGAAGGAGAGAACCAGGUGGUUCCAUGGUCUUGCGCUUCUGCUUCGGAGUCAUCGCCGCCUCUUGCAAGUUCCGCUUCAGCUGGUUCUUCUUUGUCCUGGAAGCGGCGGCGAUCGAGUGCGUUUGUCGAUUCCGAUGAUGAGAUCGGCUGUUCUUCAUCUGAAAUGCCCUCUGCCGCGCAACUACCAGACGAUGAUUCAUCUUCUUGGAGCAUCCUCAGGCCAUGGAAGCAUCCUAGAACUACUCCGCAGAGCUAAUAGCCUUUGUUUGAAGAUGAUGCACGAUGAGGACAGAGCUGAACCGUUGAUUUAGAGUCUCGACCCUACUAACUCCAAUGUUUUUUCUUCCGACUCUAUAGCUUCAACACUAGAAAGGUCUAUAUUCCCAUUUGAUUCUUUUAACAAUGGAUGAGCGAUUCACCCUUUAAGAGAUUCUGUCAUUUGUUUAGGCAUUUCAUGAAACUGGCCUCAAUGUAUGGAAUUAUAUUGUAUUAUGCUUGUAACUACGAGUUUUUUUUUUUUUUUCACAAUGGAUUGAAUAACUUUGACUGCAAUUUGACUUGUAAUCAUAGAAAUUAAAAUCUAAGACCUUGUCACUUUCGGAUUCCACGGAUGGAUGGUUCAUAUACUGGCCAAGAUCGGAGAGGAAGUUGCGGGGUUCAUAUUGGGACUUAGGCCUAAAUAAAGUGCAUAUUAACGAGUUACAAUGGAAUUCAAUGUAAACUUUGUUCAGAUUAAA